UUGGUUUAAGAAGCCUCAUACUGAUGGAAAUUUCCAAAUAUUUAACCAGACAAAUGUAUUCUUUCCUCAAUGUAUGCACUUGGAGUAAUUAACUUUUAUAACAAUUGGAAUGUUAGGGCCCAAUUCUGAUCUCACACACAGUGCUACAAAUUGGGAGUAAUACCACUGAAGUCAAUGGAGUUACCCUGAUGUCAGACUGAUCUGUGAUCAGAAUCAGACACUGACUAUGGUCUUCAAGAAAAAGCCAUACUAUUGUCAAUGUAUCUAGGAAAGAAAACUUCAAAUAGGAAUUUAUAGAAUUUAUUCUCCAAUAAUAAACAAGAUAAUUUUUAAUCCUGAUUCUUUGCAAGAGGUUAAUAUAUGAAUGACAAGCAAGAGCUGUAUUUCCUUUUUUACAGAUGACAAAUAACAAAUUGAGGGGAAAAAAUCAUUAAACCUCUAUCACAGAAAUGAUCCUUUAAUUUAUCUAUCUGUGUAUAUUUUCAGAUAGGUCAUUCUAAGGGUGUUUUUAUUAUUUUUCAUUUUGUAUCAUAUCAUUCUUUGGAACUGUCCUGUAACCAGAGUAGAUUAGUGAUUUUUUUUUUGUCUUCAUGCUUAUUCUGGUUAGGUACACUAUACACUGAGCAUUUUAAGCAUUGGUUAUUUGACAGGAAUUAACAUUAACGUGAUCUUAGGCAUGAUAAAUAUUUGGCCUUUUUGGACAGAACGUUAAACAAAUUGCUUCUCUAGACUUGUAUCUGUCAGAUACCCAAAAGUGGCCUUCAUUUGUGCAGCAAAUUGCAAUGUGCACAACUGUGUGCCUCUCACCUGAUACAGAAAAAUAUGUGCAGUGUGACCUGGUAAAUAUGUGCAAGCUUUUAGUUAUGGCAGUAUCAAUGUGGACCAAUAUGAUUAAAGUGAAGAGCACAAAUGCAGUUUCUAGCAUCAGAGGGACAACUGAAGUUCUGCUGGUUUUUUUUUUCCAGGAUUAUGCUGAAAAGGAGAACACAAUAGCAAAAGCCCUGGAAGACCUUAAGGCCAAUUUCUACUGUGAACUCUGUGACAAACAGUACUACAAACACCAGGAGUUUGACAAUCACAUCAACUCAUAUGACCAUGCUCACAAACAGAGACUCAAGGAACUGAAACAGAGGGAGUUUGCUCGAAAUGUAGCUUCCAAAUCAAGAAAAGAUGAAAGGAAACAGGAAAAGGCCCUCCAACGUUUGCACAAGUUAGCUGAACUGAGGAAAGAGGCAGCAUGUGCUCCUGGGAGUGGUCCCAUGUUCAAGUCCACUACAGUUACUGUGAGAGAUAAUUUCCAUGAAAUCCCACAAAGUACUAUCUUAGACGCUUCUAACAAACAAAAAAAUGUGAAUUAUACAUUAAUGCACAAUGCACAGAACACGAAAGAAGUUACUUCUAGUGCUUUUUCUGCUUCUGAAAGCGCAAGUAAUGACAAAUCAGACACUCUCAAACUUGGGGAUCAAGUACAAGGAGCCCAUGGACAUAAAAUAGGAUUCUCUUUUGCUUUUCCUAAGAAAGCAUCAGUGAAGUUGGAGUCUUCAGCUGCUGUAUUCUAUGAAUAUAAUGAUGAAACAUCUAGUGAACAUGGGUUUAGCAGAAGAAGUAGAUUUGUUCCAGGAGCUUGUAAUCUUCAGUUUCCAUCAGCAACAGACAUAGUUUUGUGCUCUGAGGAGAAACAAAACUACAGUCAUCAACUGAUGGAAAAAUGUACUGACACAGCAGAAGCUUCUGAAGUUCAGGAGUCAAAAGAACUAUCCAGUAAGGAGAAAAAUAUAAUACUAGAGAAUACAGUAUUAGUUCCAGCUGAUUCUCAUUUGAAACAACCUGUGUCUUGUGAUUUGGAUGACUAUUGUGUUGAUGUCAAUUCAACAGCAUUACGAGAUCAAUCACUGUCCACAGUUGCCAUUAGUAAUCAGGCACUACUUGUAGAAAACCACAGUUCUGAGAGGUUGGGGAAAAAAUCCCCAGCUCAUGAUAUCACUGAUGAUUGCUUACCUUUGCAAGACAUCGCUGAGGAAAACAAUAAAUACAUUAAUAGUGAUUCAUCCACAACUGAAGCAGAAAUUAAAAAACUUGGGUCUGACCUACAUAUGUCAUCAAAUUCUGAAGGGGAGAAUACAGCCUUACAAAACAAACAAGAGACACAUAAAAGACCUUGUGAACCAUUUGUUCCUGUUCUGAGCAAACAUGGAUCGUCUGUUCUUCAGUGGCCAUCCGAAAUGUUAAUUUACACAAAUACAGAACCAUCCAUUUCAUAUAGCUGUAAUCCUUUAUGUUUUGACUUCAGGUCAUCACGAGUAAGUGACUGCAUAGACAAAACUAAACAUCAGUCAAAUGUACCUCAUUCUCAUCACAAAACUGAGUCCAACCAGAGUCUUGUUUUAGAUGACACAGAUAAAUCUAUUUCAGAAUGUGCUGACUACAAAACAGAAAUUAAUAAAAAUGUGUGUGACCAAGCAACAUCACUUAUAACAGAUGUUUCGUUAGCUAAAAGCUGUGAACCUGCAACAAAUCAAGAUAAAAUGUGCUUGGAUGCCUCUUUCAGGACUGGAAAAACAGAAAAAUACCACAUUUCUAAAAGCCAUUUACGACAGGACACCAGGAUAGAUGAUAAACACAGCAAAGUCUGGAACAAAGAAACUCACAGAAGAUGGUUUCACAAAAAUAGGAAAAGGAAAAGGAGAAAAUUAUGUCAUCACCAUCAUGAGGAAAUAGCAAAGGCAGACACUGAAAUUUCUUCAACAGCUGAACAGAAAAUUAAUUAUGUCAAUGAACAUAAACGUCAGCACCUUCGAAAUACUUCAGGAAAGUGCAGAGAUGAAAUUGGUAGCAUAUGGUUAGCUACAGAGCAGUUACAACAGUCAUGUCAAAAACUUGGUAUUGAAAACAGUGAUCACAAAAGAAUCAUGUCCACAUCAAUAAACAUACAUGGUGACAAAGGCCAAUGUGGGACCUGGAACACAAAAAAUAGCGAUGACCACUGUACUGACUCUGAACCUCUGCACAGAAAGUACAAAGCAAGCUCUCAUAGGCAGUCAAAACAACUGACUUUGAAUUCUGGAAGACAUAACUUAAUGUAUUCUAGAACAUUAUGUAGCUGUAAGGUCAGAAGAUCUAGCUGUAGCCCAGAUCAUAAAUGUUUGGAAAAAUGUACAAGUCAAAGCCAGUCCAUCAAGAGAGCUUACAACUUUCUGACUGAUGAACCUGAAAGACCCUAUCGAAAGCGAAGACAACAUACAUAUUCUUGUUCAUCAGAUGAAAGUUCAUGUAGACAGGCAUUUUUAUCAGAAACGUAUCUCAGGCAAACAAGUAAUUUAGCUGCACAUUGUAAACCUAAAAGGAAAAGAAGGAGAAAAAGAUCUAGAACCCAUCACAUAUUUGUCAACAAAGAACCAAGAAGAAAUGAAAAUCAUAGACCUUCCAGAGGAAAUUCUACAUUAAAUAUUUUGGGGGAAUUGUUAACACAAGAAAAUAUACAACAAACAAAAACUCAACCCAUAAAAGAUUAUACAAAAAAUAUGGCGGAAACAACACAGCUGGUAGAAAACAAGUUGACUCUACAAUCUGAUGGUUUACUUUUAUCAGAAAAUAACAAGUCAACAGAGUGUUCAACAAUGGAGAGCUCUCCAAGUAUAUUUUUGGAGGACUUCAUGCAUUCCUCUGCUUCUGUUAUUGAACAUAGUGUUUUGACAACUGCAACACCAGAGAACUUGGUAGAAGAAGAAAAGAAACAUGAAAAUGUAAGGGCUCGUGAAAGUCAAGCUCCUUAUAAAGUGCCCAGUAUUGAUAGAAAUGUGGAACAAACUACUCGUAAACCAUAUCUAUGCCAACAUGAAGUAACAGAGACCAUACCACAAGAAAAAAUAAAUGAGGCAACCAGUGAAUGGCUGCGGUAUAAUUCGGGCAUAAUUAACAGCCCUCCACCUUUGUCAUUCAAAGAAGCACAUAUAAAUGGUCAUACCUUUUUAACCACUGAACAGAUACUUGCCCCAUUUACAUUGCCUGAUCAGACAUUGAUAUUUCCCCCAGAAAACCAUGGAAAAUUCAAAGACUUGCAAUGUGAGGCCUAUCAGCAGCUCAUGCAGCAAAACAUGCUGGCUAACAAGGUGAAGUUUGCCUUUCCGCCCACUGCAAUCCAACCUAAUUCUCCUCUGCAGCCUUUGCCCUUGCAGCAGCCCUUAUGUUCUACCUCUGUAACCACAAUCCAUCACACGGUUUUACAGCAGCAUGCUGCUGCUGCAAGUACAUUUAAGGUUCUCCAGCCUCACCAACAGUUUCUUUCACAGGUCCCAACCCUUUCAAGAACACCUUUACCUCAUCUCACAGUAGGACCUAGACUUUGCCCAGGAACUCACACAACUUUUGUUGCUCCACCACAAUUGCCACUAAUUCCAACUUCUGUCCUUCAUCCGAGUCACCUGGCUUUCCCCCCAUUACCUCAUGCAUUGUUUCCUUCACUGCUUUCACCGCACCCAGCUGUCAUUCCGUUGCAGCCCCUCUUCUAGGUCAAGUUUUCAACAAUCAAAAUGGAAAGAGCUGUCUCUAAAUUAACAUACUGCUAUAUGUAAGCACUCAUCAGUUUUGACAAAUGGUUCUUUAAGUGACUGGAAUAAACUGGUUAAAAUGCCUCAUUAAUUUGGAAUCAUUUACUAUACGUGUAACAAUGCAAAUAUGUAUGUAAAGUUCAGCUCCAUAAUAUAACUAAAGCACUGAAUAGUCUGAUACUAAUAUGAACUAUAUAUAUAUAUAUAUAUAUGUAUGAAAAUCAUGUCUUAGAAUAUGUAUAAUGUAUAUAAAAUAUAUUUAUAGUAUUACAAUUUAUGUUGUAAAGUAUGCGCCUUUUGUUUUUUUAUCUUUGUGAACUUGCACCUAUUUAAUGUUUAGACAAAGCUGAUGCACUGUUUUGUACUAUGUUUCUUGAAACUGUAAAUCUAGUGACAAACUAUCUCUUGCAAUAAAUUUUUGUUAACUAUUUAAGUAUAUCAAAAAUCAGUCAUUGUAAGCCUCACGGAUGAAUAACAUAGUCUAUUCCUGCUAUGUUUGGAUAAUCAGGUUUCCUAUCAUUCAAUGAUUUAUUACCAAGCUUAGAGGCUAAUGCCUUAAGGGUAACUGUCUUACCGAGCAAGGGACAAAGGGUAAUAGAUCUAUUUGUGUUAGCAGUCUGAUGUCACUGAGACUAAUUUUGUCGACUUGUAGUAUGCGGACAAACUGCUGACUGUUUGAGCCACUCUCUUUUCUAUUAAACCAAAACCAGCUCUUUUAAAGUAACAUAAAUGGCACAGGGGAAAAAAAGCAAUGACAUUUGGAGUAAACUAUAAACCAUAUCCGCAUUUAGCUUCUUCAGCAUAAAGAGCACUACAUUUCCUGCCAGAUGUCAUCCACGUCUGCACAUAUGCGUGAUUGAAACAACCAAAGUUGUUUUGCCAUUUUGCUUCUGCAAAACCCACAUUUCCACGUGGAAAUGGAAUAGCUGGUCAUGCAACCAGCAGUGUGUGCACACAAACUGUUUGUGUCGGGGGGGAGAGGGUGCCCCUUUUGUGAGUGCAAUUUAUUUUAUGUCGAAAAAUAGGCACACUGAAAUGAUGAUCAGUUCAGAAAAUUCAGCCAAAUAAUUACAUUGUUCCCUUGAUGGACAUAUAGCUCAUGUUUACCUCAUUGGGAGAUGAACAAGCAUAUCAGAAGGGACAAUGUUUCCACCUGUGUAUCAUUUCAUGUGAUAGGUGGAGAUGGCAAGGAUAUUUGGGCAUAUUUGAACUGAGGAAAGUCACAACUCUUACUGGAAAUUUCCAGUCUUUUAAGGGGUUGAAUCAAACUCUUACUAUCAAAUUAACAAUUUUGUCUGACUAUUUUCAUAUUGUAUGGUUCUAGAGUGUUUUGUCAAAUAUAUAUAUACAUACAUACACACACACACACGCACACGCACACGCACACAUAUAUUUGGUCCUUCAGACAUUCCUCUCUACUACCCCAACCCCCUUAUUUAGGUCUGAUCUAAUUCAACUCUCAUAUAAGACAAUGGGAAUCUUUCUAUUGGCUUUACUGGAGUUUGGUUAGGUCCAUAAUGAUGACACAGCCUUAAAUGUAUAUGGCCCUAGCCCGGCAACACUUUUUCAUAUUAUCAGUCCCAUUCACUUUAAAGGCGACUAGUCACAUGGAUAGAGAGGAGGGAUUGCAAAAUGACCUAUAGUGACAGUAGCAUACCCUCUUGUAACAAAAUAUAAGAGAUAAUUUAGAAAUUUAUGUUGGCUUCCUUUCUUCAUUGAUAUGAUUAUGAUAAAAUUGAAGAAUAUAUUAAAUAAUUAAUACCAAUUUCACUCUUAAACGAGAGUAAAAUGGCAUAAAUAUAUUGUUAUAUUUGCCAUCUAUAAUUCUAAAACUUAUAUAAUUCUAAAACUUUAUAUUACACUCAAAAGCUAUCUCAAUCACUUUCAAAUACAAUUAUAAAGCUCUGGGGUCCACAUAUGUUUACUUGGUGCAACAUCUUGCAGGUACAGUACCAUUGUAAAGAGGAAAACUAUAUUACUGUGCUAAAGGCUAGUACAAAGGAGCACUUUGAUGGCCUGGUUUUCCAAGAUGCUGAGAGGUCACAAAUGGGUUGGUGGUAACGGGUGCAGCAGGUACUGAGCAACUUUGAAAAUCUGACCAAAUAUUUUUUUGUUUUUUAGUUUUCAUCCCUCCAGUUUGUGGUUUCAUGCCUAAUUUUGUUUAAUUUGGUAUAUGGAAAAUGCAGCUUAACGGCUAUUUCUGUCUUUUUAUUUUGUGUGUAUGAAAUGUAUUUUUCAUGCUUUAAUAGUUUUAGACUAAUUUCUGAUUUAAGUAACAAUUUAUAUUUAACACAUUAUUUAGGGAAGGUUGGGGCAAAAUAGCAAUUUUAUAACAUUACAAUUAGAAAAUAAGAAGAUACUGUGGGAAACAAUUAUGCACAGUUUAUCUUAUUAACAAGUUUUAUGCUGCAGCUAGUCAAAAUUUCCCCAAUUUCAAAUUUUCAACAAACAUUUUCAUCCAAAAAUCAUUUUUUGUUUUAAAAAAUCCCCAAAAUUUGUAAGAAAUUUUUCUACUAGUUCUAUUUUAUACUUUGGAUUUUACACUUUCACUGGAAUUUAGCUUAAAUGUAUUGUCUAUUAAGGAAUUUAACAGUUUUAAGAUAUUGCAAAAUGAUAUAUUAUAUAGAGUAACUGCAUUACCAUUGUGUAUAAAGUUAAUGGAUAUAAGUAAAAUACCAAUAACGAGAAGGUGUAAGUAUUCUUUAAACAUUAAUACCUUAAGCAGUAGCACUGUUUUAUAUAUGUAACUUCAAAUAUAGAAAUACAGAAACAUUUUCUAAUAACAAAGACUGAAUUUCAAAUUGAACAAGCUAAAUUAAAUGAUUUAAUAAAUAUUUCAUAUGAGUUGCUCUUGUAUUACUAAAUAAUUUUACUGGAUACAUAAUCUAAGUGUAGUUCUGUCUACUUGUAUUUUCUGAUUUUACAAUCUCAUUCAUAAGUUUGGAAAUCUUUGCAAGUGCUGAAUAAUUGAAGACACUAUGAUUCCUAGAUAUACAAUCUGCCAAGUUUCUUAAAUCUAAUUAAUUUCUUUAGAAUGUUCAAAUCUAAUCAGAAAUGUUGCCUUUUAAUGUUUUGCAGUUCCAACUCAUAUUGCCAAUUUAUGUAAUGAUUGGAAUCUGAUUCCAAGGUAAAGGAAUAAAAAUAAGUUACUGUUCCUUUAAAUCACUGGAGUUGUUGGAAUUAAUUUAUCUUCAGAUUGCAAUGAUAAACCUAAAUUAGGUUAUAGAUUUUGUUAAAUGGCUUCCCAUUCCCAGAACAGCUACACAAAGAAAUGAUUGAAAAGUUAAUAUGUUCCACUGAGAUGAGAAAUGUGUUUUUUUCCUGUCCUUGGAAAGCAGCAAUUUGUCCAGACCAUGACCUUCCUGGAGGCAUACCAUUUCUCAGGUAAUAUGUACCAUAAAAUAAUGUUCUAAAUAGGAUUUUCCAAGCAUUAAGAAUCAUAAUCAUCUUGCAUUGUUAUAGGCAGUUUGGACUAAUUGUACACUUUCCUUUCUAAUCUAUAAGUACACAGAAUAGUUAAAAUGCUAUAAUACAUACAGAAAGCAGAAGAAUCCGAUUGUUCAUUUUACUGAACUUAACCACAGAUUAUCCUAAAUUUUAACUCUGCCUGAAAGGAAUAAACUCACAUGGGAUUUCUGCAAGAAUGAGCAAAAUGGUUUACAGAUUGAGACAUCUGAUCCCCAGACAGUUGUAAAAAGCACACAUUUUAGAGCCUGAUCCUGCACAAUGCUAAACAACUGUAAGCUGCUGAGCACCCACAAAUGCAAACUGAAGUCCCUGGGAGUCGUGGACACAUCACCGCACAGUCUUGUGUGCCUAGUGUAUUACAGGAAGAUGAAUGCACUGUGUGCAUGCUUAAAAGCUCUUCAGUUUAGAAAGCAUAAAAUUUAGGUUCACCUCAUUAUAUUGGCACUUCAGAGAUAAAAGGCAAAUGCUUACAAUAUAAAACUAUACAAGGCCUCAACUAUUGAUGCUGCCCCAGCAUUUUGAACAUAGACUAACUUUAUUCCAAACGUUCUUCACUCAUCUUCAUUCUUAAGGCUCUGGUUCACCAAAUUACUUAAAUACAUGCCUAACUUGGAGCACAUUAAUAGUCACAUUGAUUUCAAUAGAAGUGCUCAUGUGCUUUAAGUUUGGCACUAUUUAAUUACUGUGCUGAACUGGGGCCUACAGGAGAGAUCUACAAAUUAGCAUCUAUGAGAAAUGCCAAAGUACAUUUCUUUUCCUUUGUACAUGCAAUAGAGAAAGCAAGUUUAUCUUCAGCUAUUAAAAUCCAGCAUGUCCAGCACUGUCUUGUUUCUCUUUGCGUUCACAUUUAACUCAAUUUAACUCAAAUAUAACUGAACAUCAGAACGAUUACAUUUUAGGGUUUUAAAUAUGCUCAUUCUACUGCUCAGUUUAACUUCUCCAUUUGUCAGUAUUGUAAAGAGAAGUUAAACAAAUUGCCCUGGUCCAAAUCAGUGGACAUCUUUGACUUUACUGCAAAAUGUUAGAUAAUUUUGCUUGGAACAAUUUACCUUUCUUUUCUGCAGCCCUCAUUUUUGACUCCAACAGUCCUAAUUUUGAGACUCUUUUAGGGAUUCAUAAUACUGGUAGUCCCACAACCAUGGGAGAUUUCUCUCAAAGGAGCUCUCAUACUCUAACAGUGUGCAACAAAGCAUCAUUUAUCAUUCUUCUUUUUAGUUCUUGGUAUAGGGCUGGAAUCAUGAUACUAAAAAGUGGUUUCUGUUGAAAUAUGAAUAUUCUGUUAAUUCCUGUAUCAAAACUAGACUUUUUAAAAUGAUGUUUUCUCUUCUUGGGAGAGUUUCUCAUACAGAGUGAUGGUACCAGCAUCUAUUUCCCAAAUAUAUUUCAGUUUAGUAUAUUGUGCUUGCUUUUAUAAAAGUGCAUAGCUUCCCAAACUGCUAAACUUUGUCUUCAGUAUAUUUUCUACAAUGUCUUUCCCCAAUGUACAUAUUUUAGCAAUCUGGUAAUAUGUUUCUGAGAGCUCACUGUAUUUAACGUAUUGCUUUAAACAUAUUGGGCCAGCUUCUUAGCUGGCGUAGAUCAGUGCAGCUCUGUUGACUUCAGUGGAGCCACACUGAUUUGCUUGAGUUGAGGAUUUGGAUCACUGCCUUUUAUAAAUCUCCUAAAACAUCCCAAAUAAAAACUGAAUCUAAGCAGUAAAUCUGUAAAAUAUACAUUUCUAAAUAUACAUUUCUGCUUUUUUGUAAUGAAGACUUAUAAACUUUAACCUGUCAGUUAUUUUGUUCUAAAGUUCAUGAGCUGUACAGAAUAUACUGAUUUGCAUUGUUGUAUAUUGCCAAGUAAUUUUACAUAUGCAAACUGUACCACUUCACAUGUAUAUGCAAUAUGUUGUCUUAUUGUAAAAUUGUACCAUGUUAUUUUAAUUCUUUCUGUUGAAAUUAGAUUUUGUUUUAUAAAAUAGAAUAUACAGUACUGUACAAAUGUCACUAAUUGCAUAAAUUACUAUG